AUGGACGACAUCCCACCGCCGCCGUAUGAGUUGAUCUCGACUGGCCCACUGUUGACGACAUCGACAAGUCUGACGUCGGAUGGUACGCUCAACGUAGCCUUGUCGUCGUCCGACCCAGCCAAGCUUGGCAGCCUCAUUCCCGAGGCUCGUCCCACGACCAAGCUCCAUCAUCAAUUCAGCACCCAGCAAUCCGAGCACCGCACGAGGCCAGUCCCCAACCUCAACGUAGUCAUACAGGUGGUCGGAAGCAGAGGCGACGUUCAACCAUUCAUUGCCUAUGGCAUCGCCCUGCAGAGACACGGCCACCGAGUCCGGUUGGCCACUCACGGGUGCUUCGACAAGUUUGUUCGGGAUUCUGGCUUGGAAUUCUACGACAUCGGAGGCGACCCGACAGACCUUAUGGCGUACAUGGUCAAGAACCCCGGCCUCAUGCCGUCGAUGGAAGCGAUGCGCGGGGGCGACAUCGGGCGCAAGCGCAAGAUGAUGGCCGAGAUGCUGCACGGCUGCUGGAAGUCCUGCGUCGAGCCGGACGCCGGCACGGGCCGGCCUUUUGUCGCCGAUGCCAUCAUCGCCAACCCGCCAAGCUUCGCCCACGUCCACUGCGCGCAGGCGCUCGGGGUCCCCGCGCACGUGAUGUUUACGAUGCCCUGGAGCGCGACGCGGGCGUUCCCGCACCCCCUUGUCAAGAUGACCGCAAGCGACAUGGAGCCUGGCGUCGCCAACUGGCUCACGUACGGCCUGGUAGAGCUCAUGACGUGGCAAGGACUAGGCGACGUGAUCAACAGUUGGCGCAAGAAAACGCUCGACUUGGAUCCCGUGUCGAACACGGUAGGGCCAUCCAUCGUGAGCUAUCUUCAAAUUCCGCACACCUAUUGCUGGUCGCCGGCCUUGGUCGCGAAGCCCGGUGACUGGGGGGCGGAGAUCGAUGUCUGCGGGUUCUUCAUGCGGGACGAGCCAGAGUACAGUCCGCCGGCGGACCUCGCUCGCUUCCUCUCUGCCGGCCCGCCACCGUUAUAUGUCGGUUUCGGCAGCAUUGUCCUGGAAGAUCCGGAGCGUCUACACAGCGUGAUACUCGAGGCGGCGCGGGCUUGCGGACUCCGCCUGCUCAUCUCGCGCGGAUGGAGCAAGCUCGGUGGCGAUAGUAUCAGUAAUGCUGAUGUCUUCUAUCUCGAAGACUGCCCGCAUGAAUGGCUAUUCAAGCAGGUCGUGGCUGUCAUGCAUCACGGAGGGGCUGGCACAACUGCCUGUGGGCUUAUCAAUGCGCGGCCGACCCUGAUUGUGCCAUUCUUUGGCGACCAGCCUUUCUGGGGCAAUGUCGUCGCCAGCGCAGGAGCAGGCCCGGCUCCCAUCCCGCAAAAGGAGCUGAAAGUAAGCGUCUUAGUGCAAGGAUUCAAUUAUUUGACCUCAGCACCGGCAGCCGAGGCUGCGCGAGCCAUUGCACAGAAGAUGCGGAGUGAGACAGGUGUCCAGGCCGCCGUUGAGUCUUUCCAUCGCCACCUCCCGCGUGAUGCUAUGUCGUGCGACGUCACGCGAAGCCAGGUUGCCAGAUGGACCGUCAGCAAGAACAAGCGGGUGGUCAAGCUUUCGGACCAGGCUGUAGCUGUGCUUAUAGCACGCAAGCUAAUCAAGCUGAAUGAGCUAGAACCGCUUCGCGUGAAGGAGCUAGACACGGACGUUCGUCGCUGGGAUCCGGUCUCAGGCGGCGCUGCCUCCACCCUCGGCGUCGUGACAGACUUCACGGCUUCCCUCGGCGGCCUCUUCAUAGACCCGUACAAGGCGUACAAGCACGCCUCUACGAUCGGGAGCUCUGCAUCCGCGGCCGGCAAAGCGACCGUGGCCGUGGGCGGCAGUUUCGCCAAGAUGACGGGCGUGCUGGUCAAGGGGACUCUAGUCGACACGCCCCUCGCCCUCGCAGAGGGCAUGAAGAACGUCCCGCGGCUAUACGGAGAAGAGGUCAAGGACCAUGGAAAAGUGACGGACUGGAAGAGCGGUGGCACUGUGGCAGCCAAGACUUUCGGAGAUGGAAUGUAUCACGGAGUCACGGGUGUCGUCAUGCAGCCAUGGCAAGGCGCCAAGAAAGAAGGCUUCGUGGGUUUCUUGAAGGGUGCUGGCAAAGGCACAAUGGGGCUCUUGACCAAGCCAGGCACAGCAUUAUUUGGCUUGGUGGGCUACCCGGCCCUGGGGAUCCAGAAAUCGCUGAUGGCCAAGAAAGGCAGAACUCAGGCAGUCCUGAGAUCCAAGGGAGCCCAAGUUGACGCCAUGGCAUCGCAGUUAUCUUCUGUCGAUGAUUCUGAAAUCGAGGAGAUCAUGAAAUGGUUCCGGCACCAGAGUGGGCGUGCUUGA